UGCUCUGUGAUUGGCCGGUUUCAGCUGAUGGGCGGGAUUGGGAUAAUUCAUCAUAACUGUACCGCUGAGUUUCAGGCCAAUGAGGUGCGCAAAGUAAAGAAAUUUGAGCAGGGCUUCAUCACAGACCCAGUGGUCAUGAGUCCCCGACACACAGUGGGCGAUGUGUUCGAGGCAAAGAUACACCAUGGUUUUUCUGGGAUCCCUGUUACAGAGACGGGCAAGAUGGGUAGCAAGCUGGUCGGUAUAGUGACCUCCAGAGACAUUGACUUCCUGUCUGAGAAGGACCAUGACAGACCCCUGGAGGAGGCCAUGACAAAAAGGGAGGAUUUAGUCGUUGCACCUGCUGGGGUCACACUAAAAGAAGCUAAUGAUAUACUGCAACGUAGCAAAAAAGGUAAGCUCCCCAUAGUGAAUGACAGUGAUGAGCUGGUUGCCAUCAUCGCUCGGACCGACUUGAAGAAGAACAGAGAUUAUCCUCUGGCAUCUAAGGACUCCCGCAAACAGCUGCUGUGCGGAGCUGCCAUUGGAACAAGGGACGACGACAAAUACAGACUGGACCUGCUCAUGCAAGCCGGUGUGGAUGUGGUAGUGCUGGAUUCCUCCCAAGGAAACUCAGUGUAUCAAAUCAACAUGAUAAACUACAUCAAACAGAAACAUCCUGAACUGCAGGUGGUCGGAGGAAAUGUGGUGACUGCUGCUCAAGCUAAAAACCUCAUAGAUGCCGGUGUGGAUGCACUGAGGGUGGGCAUGGGGUGUGGCUCUAUCUGUAUCACCCAGGAAGUGAUGGCGUGCGGACGGCCCCAAGGUACUUCAGUGUACAAGGUUGCAGAGUAUGCCCGGCGUUUUGGUGUGCCAGUGAUUGCUGAUGGAGGCAUUCAGACUGUUGGACAUGUGGUGAAAGCUCUGGCCCUGGGAGCAUCUACAGUGAUGAUGGGGUCGUUGCUUGCGGCAACCACCGAAGCUCCUGGAGAAUAUUUCUUCUCAGAUGGAGUGCGUUUGAAAAAAUACAGAGGGAUGGGCUCGCUGGAUGCCAUGGAGAAAAAUAAUAGCCAGAAACGUUACUUCAGUGAGGGAGAUAAGGUGAAGGUGGCUCAAGGUGUCUCAGGAUCAGUACAAGAUAAAGGCUCUAUCCAUAAAUUUGUUCCUUAUCUCAUUGCUGGUAUCCAACAUGGCUGUCAGGAUAUAGGAGCCAAGAGUUUGUCCAUUUUAAGGUCAAUGAUGUACUCUGGAGAGCUGAAGUUUGAGAAGAGAACCAUGUCUGCUCAGAUGGAGGGAGGAGUCCACGGCCUCCACUCAUAUUCUUUUGUGCCAUUUACGAGAAACGGCUUUACUGAGUCUGGAGGAAGAGGAAACACUCGAGCGGGACCUAACGUCCCGACCCCGGCAGCUCUGAGCAGAUGCAGCGGACGCAUGUGAUCAAACUACAAGAACGACGCUCUCAUUGGUGUACUAAAUCCACACUCAAUAAUCUACUUUUUUGUGCCCCCCCCCCCCCUUUUUUCAUGGUUUUUCUUACCACUAACCACUUCAAAAAGAGCUAAACAACACACUUUACCUUGAGUCUCAUCUUGAUAGAGGAGCCUCUUGGAUUAAUAGACGUGACUGCACAUGAACUCUUUAUCUUUCUGUCUCCCACUGUGUGGCCAAGGUGUGAUCUGCUGAUCUCUUCCAACAAGCAAACACAUUUCAUUUCCUUCUUAUUGGUCAUGCUUAAUUGCAAAAACAAAGCUUGCAGUGGUGCAGUCCAGAAAAUCCAUCCUUCAGACAUUUGAAAACAUUUUAUUUCUUUGAAAGAGAAACGAAGGAAACAUUUUUAAAUAGCAUUCUGCUGAAAGCGGAGCAGACUCCAGAAAUGUAAUAUACUCUAGAACUAUAUAUAGACAUACCAUUUUCUUGCCGGUAACCUUGUGUAUAAAGCUAACUGACCCAGAAGGACAUUUUAAGUAUAAUACAUAUAGUGAACUUGUGUUGUUAUUAUCCUCUCACUGCACCAAGUAAAUUGUGUUAAGAACAUUCAGUGUCAUUUCUCAGACAAGUCAACAUUUGUUUGUUACACAAAUGGGUUACCUCACCCUGAGCCGAUGAGCUAUUUGAAUGUGCUUCACUGCUGCAGAAGGGACAUAAGCUUAGCAUCGGCCUUAACUCACGAAUACACAUUUUUUAACAAGAAGAGUUUAAAGGAGUUUAAAGGAACCCUUUUUCCACGUUCAUCAUCUUUGGCAUAGAAAAUAAUAAUUUAAAACAUUUUUAAGUCUGAAGACAUGACACUUCUAACACUUAACAUCUUCAGUUAUCUGAUUUAUUUUCUACAUCCUCCCCCUGUUUAAAACACAUUGGCUGGAAAUGUGAUCUUCCAUAAUUUAAUUUUGCAAAAUGAACUUUUAAACCACAUGACUAUGGAAUGUACAUAUACAUAGUUUUGUAUAUUUCUGGGCUCUAUAUUAAAAAUUGUAUUUGUGAUUCAUUGAAAUAGGGCUAAGAACUCAGUUGAAAGGCCCAAGUUCAAUAUAUAUUUCUUUCUGAUUUGUAGUCAAAAUUUUGUCAGUCUUUCAUGUGAUUUCCUUUUUUCAAUGUCUUUGAUUUUACAGUAUGUAGCUCUUUGAUAAGUUCUGGAUCUUAUGUUGAUUUAGCAAAAACCUGGCAUGUUCUUGUGUGCUAACUUGUUGGUUAUCAGGCUUAUUUUAAAGUUUUCUAUAGGGUUGAAAAUAAGUCACAACAUACUACUUUAUAACCCAUUCCAUAAAUUAUAUUCACUGUAAAUAGUGUUGCAUGAAUAAAGUUAUUUUUAAUAGGGGUA